UUUCCACUGUCUGUCAAUCAAUCGGUCGCUACUCAUGGGUUAGCUAAGCGUCAACUUUCGUUGUGUGUGCGUGUUUGGGGCCAAACAUGUCUUCGAAAGUGAACAAUCAGCACCGCAAUUCAAGUGCACAGUCAGCCGAACGCAAGGAGGAGCUAAACAAACAGAUCAACGAGCAAACGGUGGUUGUGGACGAGCUAUCCAAUUUGAAGAAGGACAGAAAUGUAUAUGUCCAGCAGAGGAACAGCAACAUCUUGUUUUUGGCGGACAGAGGGCAGACGUUGAGUUCAUGCAAGAAGAAGCUGGACAGCCUGACCAAGGAGUUACAGGACAUGUGAAGCUGAGCAAUUGUGCAAGCAUGUGUGGCAUCUUCUGUCUUGUGAGUCCAGCAUCCUCUCCUUUCACAUGGGACAACGACAUCGAGGAACUUUUAAA